AUGCCUGUUAUCAAGUAUGGCGAGAUCACCUACGAGGGAAAGCCGAUCCUAUAUGUCGUCAAAGCGACCAAGACGUCAUACAUCAAUUACAUGAAAGUUUUGAUGAUGGCGGAAGAGCUUGGCAUUGAUUACGAUAUUUCGGUGGUUGUUACCAAAGACGAAUGGUAUCACCGUAUUCACCCUGAACGUUAUGUUCCCACUAUCCACGAUCAAGACCCAGCCACAAAGCAAGAGAUCAUCGUAUUUGAAAGCACUGCCUGCCUCCAAUAUCUCGCUGAGAUGUAUGACAAGGAAGGAUUGUGGUAUGGCAAGACCCAACAUGAAAAGGGCAACAUUUUAUCGUGGAUUGCGUACCAGACUGCUGGUCUAGGAGCAACAUCCAAGUAUUGGCUGUAUUUUUACGCAGUUCAUGACGAGAAACUCCCCAAAACAAUUGAAAAAUUGUAUGCGAACGUCUUGAAGCAGUGGGACAUUAUGGAGAAGCGGCUUUCAGAGCCGGAGCAGACGUACAUCGCAUUAAAAGAUCGUCCUACGGUCGCCGACCUAGCAUAUUUACCCUUCGCUAUGCCCUACAUGUUCGAAUUCAUGAAGGUCAAAAUCGAAGAUUGGCCAAAGAUCAAAGAGUGGUCUGAUCGCAUGUUGAGUCGCCCGGCUGUGAGCAGAAUUUUAGAGUUUGCACCAACCAUUGGUAAUUAAAACUUAUCUUGUUUUAAACAGAGAUAGCUUAUACAGGAACUAAACCCACGCUAUUCACUGUGCUUAUGAAAAUACACAUCCCAUUUUGGAAAGUUAUUGUGCAUGGUGUGAGUGAUUCUCCGUGUUGGG